UCAUCUCGUAUCUCUUGAAUCAUUUGUAUGAUUAAAAUAUAUUCUUUCUUAAAGCCAUUUCCUUUAAGACUGUAAAACGAAACGACGCAUGGACGUGUUAGCAACAAAGUGAAGGGCCAUUUUAAACUCCAUCAAAAUGGUUUGGUCCAAGUUCAAGUGGAAGUGUAUCUUCUUUACUUAUAUAAUCUUAUUCAACGUUUUUACAAAAUCACUACCUCUCAUUAAUUCACCGUCUUUAUUAAAAUCAAACACCGAAUCAGAAAAUGUUGAUACAAAUUUUGCCACAAAUACUGCGGAAGAAUUAGUUGAAAAUUAUAGUGAUAUAUUGGGUGGAAAUAACAUUGUGUCUAGCGGUGAUGUGACUGUGAACGCAACCCGAAGUGCUGUAUUCAGAAAUAUUAGACCAGGUCAAACUGUACGUUCGUAUGCAGUAGAAAUAACAGUCAAUGGAAAUUCAUUCAAUGGACGAGCUGUACUGGAUGUUCUAUUAACCGCAGCUACUAGAGAAGAUGCUAUCAUUCUCCAUGCUGAGGAUUUAAAUAUUAAUUCUGUUAGAGCUGGAGUUUUAGGUGGUUCAAAUUUGCAAGAUGUCGACUAUGAUGUUGAUGAUGGAGAACUUGAAAUUUCUCCAGAUAGUAUAGCUUCUAUAUAUUCGAUUAUUAUAGAGUACAGUGGACAACUAUCAAAUACUGGACGUGGCCUUUAUUUAGGAGGAAACGACCAAGUUAACUAUUUGGCAAUGAAUUUACAUCCAACAUACGCAAGACGUGUGUUUCCAUGCAUGGACGAGCCUACAGAAGCAUCUAUAAUCUCCUUCUCAUUUGAAGGUCUGGAUUACACUCAUCUAACAUCGAACUCUAUGCUAGUAGAAAACAGCCAGACACAUUUCCGAGCAUUGGUAGGUCCACCUCACCUUUGGGGUAUGAUUGCACACAAUUUUGUAACUGUCAACUUGCCGACUGCCAACGUUUUGCUAUUUUCAAGACCUGGUGUUUCUAACCAAGAUUCACAAGCAUCUGUAGCCAUAAACUCGUUCUUCAACAAUUUAAAUGAAUGGACUCAAAAGCCUUACUUCGAAGUAAUAGAGAAUCAAGAUGGCCGAAUGAACAUAAUGGUGCUACCUGAUGUAUCGACAGACUGGACCUCACUCUCUACAGUCGGUAUUUGGGAGCCCCAUGUGUUCAUGGAACAAAUUCAUGCAGUGAAACAGAGGGUGAUAGGUCUGACUAAAAUAGCAGAAGCUAUGUCGAGGCAAUGGUUCGGAUAUGUGAUCUAUCCGGAAAAUUGGAGGUACGAAUGGGUCGUCGCAGGAUUCACCACAUACUCGGCGUAUGAAAUGAUGCGAAUGUUCCAGGGCGACAACAUUGCCAAUGAUGUAAAUUGGCUAGACGUUAAUACAUUAUUCGUAACUGAAGUUAUACAAGAAAGUUUGCUACGCGAUGCCUACAUCAACUCCAAUCCAUUGGAACCUGCAGACAAUCUUUUUGAUGAAGAUGUAAUAAGGGAUCAUGUAAAUGGACUCGUCAAGUUAAAGAGUGCUGCGGUUAUGAGAAUGAUCAGGCUUGUGCUCGGUGACGAAGAUACCGACUUUAUUCAGAUAGCAGCCAGAGCACUCCUUAAUGUACGAUCUCUCGAUACUAUUAAUACAUUGAAAUUCAUAGAUGGAAUAAACAGUGAAUUAGUAAACAGUAAUGUUGGUGACUUUGAUGAAUAUUUAGAACCAUGGGUAGAAAGCAACGGAUAUCCUCUUCUCCGAGUUGAAAGUACGUUUAGCGGAGUUUUGCUGCAUCAGACCCCCUUUGGUUUCACAAAUAGAGAUUCUCCAAGCCGUCUUUUACCAAUAACCUACACAACGAGUAUAGAAAAGAACUUCAAUAACAUUCAUCCGCAGUUUAUGUUAGAUAUAAAUCAUAACUUAAACGUAUUCUUAGACGAAGAAGACUGGAUUCUUUUCAAUAUUCAGGGGCAAGGAUAUUAUCGCGUUACUUACGACACGGUGCUUUGGGAAAGGAUUAUUGAAGCUCUUGAAGAUCCUGACAGGAGGGCAGAAAUACAUCCUUUGAAUCGUGCUACUCUUGUAGACGAUGCUCUUAACUUGGCCAGAGCUGGACAGCUGGGCUAUGACAUAGCAUUUGCAGUAGUUCUGUCCAUGGAACAUGAAACUGAAUAUGCCGUGUGGAAAGCUUUCGUCAGAAAUAUGAAUUUCUUGAAGAAAAGAUUAGAAGCUUUCGUUUUUGACGAUGAAGAUUUAGAUCCUGAUAUUUAUUUGAGAAUGGUUCGUAGAACAAUACCAGCAGUUGAAAGAGAACUAACGUUCUACCCUGAUGCAUCUAUAAGUGAGCCAGCGAUGACCUCAUUGACCCGAGGUCUGGUGAUGGACCACGCUUGUAGAGCUGGGUACAGACCUUGCAUCGCUGCAGCAGUCGACUGGUUCUACGACCCUAACAAUAACGAAGUCGUGAAUCCUAAUAUACCUCACGAAAUCAGACCAGCAGUUUAUUGUACAAUGGUGAGAGAAGGUGGUGACGAAGUCAUAGAAGCCCUAUAUAACAGGCUAGAAAUUGAACCAACCCAUUACGAGAGAGUCGUCAUUUUGGAGUCUCUAGGAUGCUCAAAUGAUCCCGAUUUCAUUAACGGACUACUCAUGCAAACUAUAGCGUCAAAUAGUCCCUACGGUGUUGAAGAACGAGUGAAGAUUUUCGCUGCAGUGGCAGAAAGCAGUUACACGAAUGCAGAUCUAGCUCGUGAUUUCAUGAGGUUGAGGGUCAAUGAAAUCAGAAACAUGUAUGGUGUAGAAAAACUUGAAGAGUUGAUAUUUGUCCUUGCGGAAAAUAUGGCGGACAGAGAUUUAACUAGAGAAUUUGAAAUCUGGGUGCAGAGUUCGUUCAAUAACCUCGAGGACUCACAAAUGGCUGCUGAACGUGCACUGGAUUAUGUGCAAGAGAACCUUAACUGGGAAGACACAUAUAGAGAUGAUGUGUAUGAAUGGAUCGACGAGAACCAUGCGCCCACUCUUGUGCUAUCACUAGUAGCGCUCUGCGUGUCUAUCAUGGCGGCAAUAUUCAAUAAUUAAUUAAUAUUUUAUUUUUUUAUAUAACUCAUUGAAAAAGACAGAGUCGUAAUGUAGGUCCAAAGCAGACUCUUUCAAAUUUUAAAAUUAAUUGUAAGUGUAAAUGUUAAAUUAUAAAAUUUAUUGUUGAAUAAAUUUCUAAUUAAAAUAUUUUAUGAUAGGAUUACAAAAAAGAACUCUACAAUACAAGUUAAGAUUUAUUAUAAUUUGAAUUAAUAAUUAUUAAUAGUCCACAUAGGACGUAAGUAGGCAAGUUAUGUUAAAGAAAAGUAGGUACAUGUUUUUAUGGUGAUGGGUUAAAGAAACUCGAUAUUAUCGUUGUCGAUAUUAUUCGCAGUUUCAUAAAGGCUUUGACGAAAUUAUAAAAUAGAUCGGUUUGCAAUAUUGACAAUUGCAUUAUCGAUUAUUUUUUAUUUUUCGAUAAGCCUCUGUGUUAUCACAUCUUGCUACAUAGAAUGUAAUGAGAAUGUUUGACAAUAGUAUGAAAUUUAGCUAUACUUUUAAUAAUUGUUCUUAAUUAUGUUGGUGGAUUGGUUUAAUAAUGAUGUAAUUAAUUAUAAUUUUAUUAAGACCAGAAUUGCACAAAGUGACUUUAGUUUUAGUAGAUAGACUUAAGAUGAAUAUUUAAUCAUAUAAAUUAUAAUUUUAGAAUUAAAGUUCAAUAGUUAUCUUAGUAUGGAGUUUUGAUGAUGUAUUUUAAGUUAAACAUUUAAAUAUAAGAAUAUUUAUAAUUUAUUAUUUUAUGAAGAAUUUGUUCUUGUUAAGUUUAAGAUGUUUUUUACUGCAUUUUCACUCAUAUUUUUAAAAUUUAGUUCGUAAAUAAAUAUUAAAAAAAAA